UAUCACGAGCCAAUACUCGCAUUUUAAUUGUUCAAUUAAGAAAUGCUAAUAUUAUUAAAUUAGUUUCAAUAUCGUAACGUAAUCCUCUUUUUUAAGGAACUUAAAAUUGUUUGUGAAAUACCUGACGCGGGCCAUGGAUUGAUAGAUAACAUUAUAACACUGCAAAAGUGACCUCGUCUCAUCGUUUCGAAGGACUGUGCAAUUGUUUAGGUAUGUCGGUUUGGUCAGGCAGUACGGUCCCAGGCCCACCAAAUCGUUACUCUCAGUAUAGUAACUGGUGCCCAAAAAUGAGCAAGUGAAAUUGAUGUGAGAUUUGCAAAGCCUUAAAAUUUGGUUUUGUACUACACGGAGGCUGCUACUAGUCCUUCUUUAAUAAAGACACUCGUGCGUGAUGUCGGGCGAGGCGCCAAUCCAGUCGGACGCAGGGCUCCACACACCUGCGUACCUGUCAUGGCGGAAAUUGCAGCUGAGUCGCGCGAAGCUGAAGGCUUCCAGUAAAACUUCGGCGCUGCUCUCUGGAUUCGCUAUGGUAGCUAUGGUGGAAGUGCAACUGAACACAGACCAAACCAGCAAAGUGCCCAAGGAGAUGCUGGUCGCGUUCACAGUUUGCACCACUCUACUCGUAGCUGUACACAUGCUGGCCCUCAUGAUCAGCACAUGCAUCCUACCCAACAUAGAAGCAGUGGGGAAUCUACACAGCAUAUCUCUGGUACACGAAUCGCCCCAUGAAAGACUGCACUGGUACAUCGAAAUCGCUUGGGCGUUUUCGACACUACUCGGACUAAUUCUGUUCCUAGUGGAAAUAGCUAUUCUCUGUUGGGUGAAAUUUUACGAUUUGAGCGAGACCGCCGCCUGGUCCGCUUGCGUUGUACUUAUACCAGUCAUGAUUGUGUUCCUAGCGUUCGCCAUACAUUUCUACAUGUCGUUAGCAACACAUAAGUACGAAGUUACUGUUACUGGCAUUAAAGAGCUGGAACUACUUAAGGAACAAAUUGAAAUGGGCGACCAUGAUGGUAGGAUGAAUAAUCUCACAUUACUCGACCAGGGCAGAGUCGUUUGAAGACU